AUGGAAAAAAAGCAAAGAGAAAAAUAAGAAUAAGAAUUCAAAAAAGAAAUGGAAUUUAUGGCUAAUAAACCCGAGUUUACUAUGUAAGAUUACAAAUAGAGAAUAUUAGAUUAAUUAGUGAAGUUAAAAAAAGGUUUGAAAGCGAAAUUUAUGUCAGGAACUGAAGAAACAGAAGCUGGUUUAUUAAAAUAAAAAACUAUUUUGAACGCAUUUUAUGAUGAUGAGCUUUUAGAUUUUAAAAAAAUUAAAUUUUAUGAAAAAAGAGAAAUUGCCGCCGUGACUUAAUGCACAAUUGAAGAAAAAAAGGAAUCACUUUGCCAGAAAAUUAAGAUGAAUUUAACCAUAGAUUUAGAUAGGAAAGAUAUAUUCCGUACGAAAUGA